AUGUCUCAAGGAGCUCCAAUGACCCACAAAUUUGUAGUUGGAACCAUAGCCAUCUUUCUAGGUGGUUACGUCACCUACAAAGCGGGGUCCGAUUUCCAAUUUGUUAAAUUUGAACCUCAUUCACCUGAAGAAGUAGCUAGGAGGAAAAGAGAAAAAAUACCUACAAGAAUGGAAGUAUUGGAGAGUGCUACUUUGGACUUGACUCCUGAAGCUAAAGAGAGAAUUGGUCGCAAAUUGUUGAUGGAACAGGAAAAGAAACGACAAUUGGAGCAAGCUCAAGGGGAGUUGAAUUCGGGGAGGUAA